AUGGUUGUCUCCAAGCCUGCUGCUUUGCAAAGAAGAAAGGAGAUUGUGUCAGAGACAAAGACAUUUUAUAAGCGGCUCAAAGUUCCUCCUGCCAUUAACCAGUUCACCCAGGCCCUGGACCGGCAAACAGCUACCCAGUUGCUUAAACUUGCCCACAAGUACAGGCCAGAGACCAAGCAGGAGAAGAAGCAAAGGCUGCUGGCCCGUGCUGAGAAGAAAGCUGCUGGCAAAGGGGAUGUGCCAACUAAGAGACCACCUGUCCUUCGAGCGGGCGUCAAUACAGUCACCACUUUGGUAGAGAACAAGAAGGCUCAGCUGGUGGUGAUUGCCCACGACGUAGACCCCAUUGAGCUGGUGGUCUUCCUGCCCGCCCUGUGUCAGAAGAUGGGGGUCCCCUACUGCAUCAUCAAGGGAAAAGCCAGGCUGGGGCGGUUGGUCCACAGGAAGACGUGCACCACUGUUGCCUUCACACAAGUUAACUUGGAAGACAAGGGUGCUCUGGCCAAGCUGGUGGAAGCUAUUAGGACCAACUACAACGACAGAUAUGAUGAGAUCUGCCGCCACUGGGGAGGCAACUUCCUGGGUCCUAAAUCUGUGGCUCGAAUUGCCAAGCUGGAAAAGGGUUUGAGCAUUCUGAAUUAG